GACCACCAUGCAUGCGAGCCCCACUCCUCGCGGCACCCCCGCCCGUCGAGGUCGCUCGCCUCGCGCCAAUACAGCAAGCCCCGGCGCAUCCGCCAUGCCCGUCGAUAUUCCCAACAGGCCCCCUACCACCUUCACCUCCUGCCUCUCUAUCGCGGUCGAGGGUACAACCCCGAUUGAGCGCCCCGACGCUGUAGCGCCUCCUUCCACAGGUGAGGCCCCCCAGAGCCACCCGACCGAAAGCAGGCGUGCACCACGCAAAUCCAAGACAGACGCCAUCGCCGCCCUCCACAACCACGCCCAGUCCAAUUCUGACGACGCGCCCGAACCCGUCACCGACGAAGGUGCGAUCCGGAUUAAUCUCAGGGAUGGGCCCCCCGUCCGCGUGACGCCCUUCCUCGACUUGUCCACUCCUGAACAUCCCCAAUGCCACGAUCGCCCAUUCGGCCUGACUGAUUGCCCGGUAUUUCAUCCUACGCUCGAGCAGUGGAAAGACCCAUUGGGCUACAUCAGGAAGUACGGGAUGUGCAAGAUUGUGCCACCCGCCGGGUGGCAUAUGCCGUUCGUGACUGAUACCGAGCGCUUUCGCUUCAAGACCCGUCUGCAGCGCCUCAAUUCGAUAGAGGCGUCGUCCCGCGCGAAGCAGCAGGGCAAUUCGCGUGUCACCGUGCCCACCAUCAAUCACAAGCCCCUCGACCUGUGGCUGCUGCGGAAGGAGGUCCAGAAGCUAGGUGGAUAUGACGCGGUCACCCGCAACAAGAAAUGGGCAGACCUCGGUCGCUCGUUGGGCUACAGUGGUAUCCCCGGCCUAUCCACACAAAUGAAGAACUCAUAUUCCCGCGUCAUCCUACCGUACGAGAACUACCGGGAGCGCGUGCGCAAUUCACCGACCCUCUCGCCGAAGAAACCAGGCGAUCCGCAGCUCAAGACCCAUGCGGCAGGAAAGCAGCACAAGUCAGCAACUAGGGAGGAUGAUGAGAGUGAGCCAUCCAGCCCGUUGACUGCAACGAGUAGUCCUUUGUCGGAGCCGCCAGAAGAGGCGUCGGGUCGACCCCGGCGAAACACCAGGCAGACAUCCUUGGAACAGGCAGGCCCUCGUAGACCGGUACCUGCAAAUGACGACAACCUUCCAUUUGCACGAUCUGCUGCUAGCCAAGCCGACAAGGACGGCAAUCCAGAAAAAGACCGUGGCGAGGAGAUGUUGCUGUGCGAUGGAUGCGAUUGCGGCUUCCAUAUGUUCUGCCUCGAUCCGCCGCUGAACGCGAUACCGAAGGGCCAGUGGUUCUGCCACACGUGCCUCAUGGGCACCGGUGGCGACUUCGGGUUCGACGAGGGUGAGGAGCACACUCUGUCCACCUUCCAAGCCCGCGACCACGAGUUCCGCCGGCUAUGGUUCAAGUCCCACCGGCCCGCAUCGCAAGUAGAGGCCGACGGGGACGUGAAGAUGACGAAGAGGCCCGACGCAGAUGAUCCCACUGCGAACGUGUUCGACGAUGUUGUCGUGACCGAGACGGAUGUCGAGAACGAGUUUUGGCGCCUUGUGCAGAGUCAGCAAGAGACCGUCGAGGUUGAGUAUGGCGCCGAUGUGCAUUCGACAACGCAUGGAAGAACCCAUCCGCUCGACCCAUAUUCCAAGGAUCCGUGGAAUUUGAAUAAUAUUCCAAUCCUCCCUGACAGCUUGCUCAGGUAUAUCAAGAGCGAUAUCUCGGGCAUGACUGUGCCCUGGACGUACGUCGGGAUGGUAUUCUCGACAUUUUGCUGGCACAACGAGGUUGAUGUUCUCACAUUCGCGGGAUAUCUAGUGCAUUGGGGCGAGACAAAGACCUGGUACAGUAUUCCCGGCGAGGAGGCGGAGAAAUUCGAGGCGGCCAUCAGAAGAGAAGCCCCGGACCUUUUCGAAGUCCAGCCCGAUCUCCUCUUCCAGCUGGUCACCUUAAUGAACCCUAGCCGACUGAAGGAGACCGGCGUCGACUUCGUGAUCACCUUCCCCAAGGCGUACCACGCGGGAUUCAAUCAUGGGUUCAACUUUAACGAAGCCGUCAACUUCGCGCUGCCCGACUGGCUGCCGUUCGGACUCGAUUGUGUGAAGCGGUACCAGGAGCACCGGAAGCUUCCGGUAUUCUCGCACGACGAGCUUCUGAUUACGAUAACGCAACAGAACCAGUCCAUCCAGACCGCCCUAUGGCUCAACGACAGCCUACAGGAGAUGAUGGUCCGUGAGAUGCGCAUCCGGGACAAGGCCCGAUCACUCCAGAUGGGCGAGGUGCUUGAAGGCAUGGACCGGGCCGAGGACCAGUGCCAAUGCAGCAGGUGCAAGAUCACGUGUUCGUGCACGACCAAGGUCGUGUGCAUCGACCACAUCGAGAUCUGUGCAAGAGAUCAGAUGAAGGUGUCGGAGCGCGCUGCCAUCCCCAGUACGUGGAGGACGAAGCUGAACAAGAUCUUGACCGAGACCGCGAGACCGCCGCUACGCAGUCUGCGCGCUGUUCUUGCAGAGGGCGAUCGGAUCAACCAUCCCUUGCCCGAGCUGCAGUCGCUGCGCAAGUGUGUCGCUCGAGCCAACGAGUGGGUGGAUGCGGCAAAUGCCUUCCUUGUCCGCAAGCCCAGUCGCAAACGUCCACGCAAGAUCCGCGGCCCGCGCACGUCGUCAGACAGUGCGAACGGCAUGAAUAUGGUCGACGACGCCCCCGAUAGGCCGGAUCACAGCCUGGGAGACCUGUACGCUGUCCUGAAGGAGGUCGAGAACUUAGGGUUCGAUUGUCAGGAGAUCGGGUUCCUCAGGAAUCUUGCCAAGGAAGCGGAGGAGACAAAGGAGAAGGCUCGCAUCUUGCUGAACGCUACACCAUCUCCGCGCGACCGAGACGCACACAUGCAAGAGUGCGACCGGUUGCUCCUGCACGGGCUGUCGCUCAACGUCCUCGUCGAGGAGCUUCUCGAGGUCGAGAAGAUAGUUCUCCGCGAGCAGUUGUUGAAGGAUCUCGAGGAAGAGCUUGACGAAUCCAACGGAGUGCUUCUGGAGGACGUCAGAAGUUGGGUAGCGCGUGCUCGCCAGUGCGACCUGCCGCCCGACAAUCCGUUCAUGAAGCGUAUCGAGCGGCUUCUCCGUCUCGGCGACGAGUGGGAGAGGCGUGUGAAGGAUGUUCUCACUAAACCACAGAGGACGAUCGAGCAGUUGGAUGAGUUCGCGCACCCUGGUUCCGGUAUCCCCAUCAAUUCUGAUCUGCUGGAUCGCUUGCUUGACGCCCGUGCCCGCGCGAAGGAUUACGAGAAGCAGGCGAAGUUGUGGCUCAGCCCGGAGGCAAGCACGAUGAACCCAAGCUGUCUCGGAUCUGAAGCGAACGGUGGACUUCGCUAUGGACCUCGAGACGCGCUGCGAUGCUGUGUGAAGCACCGGUACCAGCAUACCGACGAAGGCGAUAUCUUCCAGACGAUGUUACAGUGGCGCAAGUACGCGAAGGAGCACCUGACCAUGUUCACUCUUGCAAACUUCGACCGGCUCGACAAACAACUAUCCGCCCACUUCCGUUGGCUAGAGAGUCUGCCGUGGUUCUGUCGGCAGCACCAAGAGACUCACGCGCAAGGCCUUAUGGAGGACGUGAUCGAGUCCACGCGGCCUGAGGACGACCUCCCUCCCAACGAUGAGUACUUCACGUGUAUCUGUACGACUCCUGUUCGUCCACCGGCUGCCGGGACUGUGUCCGACGCUGUCCAGUGUGAUCAUUGCUUCGCUCGAUUCCACGGCGUCUGCGCUGCCAAUGGUGGAUCGUGCCCUUUCUGCGAUCACCACCAUUGGAACGUUACCAAGAACUAUUCCGACGAGUGGAAGCAACUUGAAGUGAUCGUCCACCGAGUUGAUCGACUGGCAGGCGUCAUUGGACAGUUCCUGUCGUUCGCGUCGCAGCCUGCGAAUCAGCGUGCCGAGUACAUCCCGCAAGUACGGCACUACAUGCGAAAGCUAUACAGGAUCCAGUUCGCUGUCUCGCCUAAUCCUGAGGUGUCGUUUGGCUUGGACCUUGCAGGCCUUCAUCGUAUUCUCGCAGGACAACCCGUGCCCGUACGGAUGAAGAAGCGUAGGCGGCCGAAGUUUGUCUUCGGUCAGGACGUGGAUCCCGAUUGGCGCGAUGGGACGCGGUGCAUCUGCAGAGGGAGGACGAGCUACCUGCUCAACUACCCCACUGUCCAAUGCGAGGUCUGCGAAAAGCUUUACCACGCUGGCUGUGUAUUCUACCCCGUGGACAAUGCGGGUGGGGUACGGAGGUUCAUGUGCCCUUUGUGCUGCAUCCGCAAGAACCGAGCAUAUCCUUACUCCGAGGUCCGCGUGAAGUACGCAGAGAACCCAGAGGCGGACGUCUACGUGAACACGAAGGAGAUGCUGCAAAACUUCAGCAAAGAGAUUAUCUACAUGAAGUUGCCACCACCAUAUACGCAGACGCUGUUCGUCGAGCUUAUUAGAGAACUCAGCGGCAGGCGAUCACCUCCUCCAGGACAGCCUGUGGACGAAUUCCUUUCUCGAGGUUUGCCUUCCACCAACGGCAGCUCGUCACUAGCGCCACAUCCCCGCGCGCCGCAUCCACCAGUGUCUCAUGCGCCUCAUCAUUCUCAUAGGUCGGCCCCGAUUCCUCCUCCGAACCCCUAUGAGAACGGUAAACCAAUUGGCAUUGCUGAUCCCAGUAGUAGCAGGCAUGUUCCUCCUCCACCUCCUUGGUCGAAUCAGAUCUGGAGCAAUGCUGGUGCGACCGCACCGCCACCGGGUGCACGGCCUCAUCCAGACCCACGUUCGCCGCAUGCUACCAGUCCGCACGUCGCAAACACGCCACCUCAGUCGUCAGCUGUUCGAAAGCGCAAGUAUCCAGACGAGGUUCCCCCACAUACGCCAGAUGAACGUCUAGGUCGGAGCUUUUCACCGGGACCGCCGAAGCGUAGGCAGCCCUCUGACACGCCCCAACCUGCCUCGACUUCCACACCCCGCUCGAACCAAGGCCUCUCUCCUUCUCUCGCGAUGAUGCUGUCGCCUGGGCCCAACGAUAUUCGUACGCCUCCUCAAUCCCGUCCGCCACCGUCUUACACAAGCCGUCCCAUCGCACCGAAUGCAUUGCCUGCAGGUGGAAGCGGUCGAGUAGUAGUCGACGAUCGACCUCCGCGUUCUCACCCGCCUCACCCACCUCACGCAUCUCCUCAUGCUCCGCCCCACACAUCCCCCCAUGCGCCUCACCAGAACGUUCGUAAGUUGGUAUAUACAGAGGUUCAUCCUGAUAGGGCUGGUGAGUUUGGGCAUGUCGGCCAUGGUUCGCCGCCAGACGACUACCGCUCUCUACCCCCUCCCAUGCACUCGCGGCGGUGAAGCCACUUAGUCUGUCCUUGUUGACUGGUUAUUAGUGCUCAGCAUGCUGUACCACUAGUCCCUCCCUCACUGUUCAUGUAGUCAUACGUACGUAAGUUUAUGUUGGGUAUGUUCAUCCUGGGCUAGAAUGUGAAUGUUUCCUGGUUGUUUGCGGCAGAUCUGAAUGUGAACGACUCCUUGCAUGUACAUUGUUGCUUUUGUUCCGCUCUCAAUACCAUGCAGUUCCCUCCUUGCACACAG